CUGGAUUUUUCUGAAGAUGUCAGCGAGUACAGGAAUAGCCGCAGAUGAAGUAUGAUGACUGUUGCGAGAAAUAUGACACCAUGUUUACAGUCGUAAAAAUCUAUCUUUUUUGUUGUUGUUGUUGAUUGAAUGACCUAUCAUGAAUGGAUGCAUCAAAAACCUUUCCCAACCUUUUUGCAUCCGCGUGUCAUCAUGGAGCAAUAAAAAAGUAAAGGCGGUGCCACGAUGGCUUUGUUCCGGUAGCUGAAUGAUAUGGCUAACAAGGUUGCCACUGCUGAUAAGGAUGUUCGCAAAAAAGAAGAUGCUUGUAAUAGCAGAAAACGGCGGGAUCGUGAAUUCGAUCGAAGGCAGAAAUAAAUGGAAGGCAGAAAUUAAUGUUCCGCGUUGAAAAAUUGAGCAGGUCAAUGCAAUGAGAACUGUGUCGAAGGUCUCUGAAGGGUCUCAAAUCUGAAUUAGCGGUCGCUUCUGUACUAGUUGACAAGCAUUCGCAGCGCAGUUCACACCACGUAUUUAUUUCGCCGAAGAUCAAUUUUUCAUGUUAUGAUUGGUGACACGCAAUGACAGGCCACCAGUACUGAUAUCGAAAAAGGAAGUUUCACGCACUAGUUAUUUAUUUUGCGUUUCCACCAUACAAGACGAACAUUCACCUUGUUUACUGGCAUUUUUUUGAUUGUUCUUUCGCACAAAUCAAUGGGCCGGUCAAAGAGGUCGCGGAGCCGGCAGAGGCCCCGCGAAGACGACAAGAAGAAAAAGAAGAAAAAGCGCGCCGCCAGCAGUAGCAGCAGUUCGAGCUCGUCGAGUAGCAGCAGCUCAUCGUCCCGACACCGUAAGAAGAAAAGUAAGAAGGAAAGGGCCCGAAAUGGGGCGGAAGCGGCGGAAAAUCAAAUCUCUCUAGCAACGACGAAAGAGCCACGACACGAGAUGGUAAGUAACCAAUGGAAAACAAACGAAGACGAUCCAGAGAAGGAACAACCGAAUUUCGAAGUGAGCGGGCUGCUGGCGAUGGAGGAUGCGUACGAACGGGAGCAGGCCCUGGGCGGUCCUGAUGCGAAGAAGAAGAACUUUCGUACCGACCUCGAAUCAGGGGCAGUCAUCGCAGCGAAGGCAGGCAUACCGAUGGAUGCCGCGGUACCCAACGGUGACACCUGGCGACUCUAUAUCUUCGCGAAGGGGGUGCCAGAUCCGAAGAUUGCUUAUCUCUCGAAGAAGCCCGACUUUCUUUUCGGGAAAGAUCGCAAAAUUGCCGAUGUGCCUACCGACCACCCAUCCUGUUCCAAACAACAUGCGGUCAUCCACUUUCGUAUGAAAAAGGACAAUCAAGCCUCGGGAUCUUCCAAGGAGGGAUACAUGAAUCACGCGCGUGGUUCCGGUGGAAUGAGCGCUCUUGCCGCGAAUACGAUAGUAGUGCCGUACGUCAUGGAUUUAGAGUCCACAAACGGCACUUUUCUUAACGGGGAGAAACUCGAGCCUGCUCGGUACUACGAACUGUUACCAAAGGACAAAUUGAACUUUGCCACUUCGAGCCGCGACUACAUAAUCAUGAAAAAAUGAAAAUGAGGCAUCGCGGACUUCCCCCGUAUUACAAACGAAACGACAUCAACUACGUGCGCAACACGAAAAAAGAAUCAGACGCAG